AUGACUGCGGGAGAGAUUUCUGAAGAGGGGACGAAAGCAGUGAAUGUGAUCAUUGCUCACUUAAUUAAAGCUCAUCAAGAGGGAAAAGACGUUGAUUUGAAUCGUCUGAAGAGUAAGGUCUCAUCAGUCUAUGCAUUAAGUCGUCAGCCGAAAUUAGUUGAUAUUAUUGCAGCAGUGCCUACGGAGCAUAGGAAUUGGUUGGUGCCAAAACUGAAAGCUAAGCCAAUUCGAACAGCCAGUGGUAUUGCUGUUAUUGCUGUUAUGUGUAAACCUCAUCGUUGUCCUCACAUUAAUUUUACAGGUAAUAUCUGUGUAUACUGUCCUGGUGGACCAGAUUCCGACUUCGAAUACAGUACUCAGUCCUAUACGGGUUAUGAGCCAACUUCGAUGCGAGCAAUACGUGCUCGUUAUAAUCCUUUUUUGCAGACAAGAAGCCGAGUAACACAGCUUAUGCAGCUUGGGCAUAAUGUUGAUAAAGUAGAAUUCAUAGUAAUGGGAGGUACUUUCAUGUCAUUACCGGAUGAUUAUCGGGACUAUUUUAUUCGAAAUCUUCAUGACGCAUUGACUGGUCAUACUAGCAGCAGUGUGUCUGAGGCAGUAGAAUUCAGUGAACGAAGUCGAGUGAAAUGUAUUGGAAUAACGAUCGAAACAAGGCCUGAUUAUUGUUUACCGAAACAUUUAGAUGAAAUGUUGAGCUACGGUUGUACAAGAUUAGAAAUUGGUGUUCAGUCAGUAUACGAAGAUGUUGCUAGGGAUACGAAUAGAGGGCAUACUGUCAAAGCAGUAUGCGAAUGUUUUGAAAUAGCAAAAAAUGCGGGUUACAAGGUGGUAAUACAUAUGAUGCCAAAUCUCCCUAAUGUUGGGAUUGAACGAGACAUGGAACAGUUUAUCGAGCUUUUUGAAAAUCCAGAAUUUCGACCAGAUGGUCUUAAAUUAUAUCCAACGUUGGUCAUUCGUGGCACUGGCUUAUAUGAACUAUGGAGAACUGGACGUUAUAAAAGUUAUCCACCAGAGAUUUUGGUGGAUUUGACGGCUCGUAUUCUCGCUUUGAUCCCUCCAUGGACUCGUGUUUAUCGUGUACAACGUGAUAUACCAAUGCCGCUUGUUACUAGUGGAGUACAGUAUGGAAAUCUUCGCGAACAUGCUCUUGCACGUAUGAAGCAACUUGGUACUGCAUGUCGAGAUGUUAGGACACGUGAAGUUGGAAUUCAGGAAAUACAUAAUAAAAUCGUUCCUUACCAAAUUGAACUGAUUCGUAGAGAUUAUGUCGCUAAUGGUGGAUGGGAGACAUUUCUUUCUUACGAAGAUCCAGAACAGGAUAUUUUAGUUGGUCUGCUAAGAUUACGAAAAUGUGCAGAUAGAGUUCAUCGAUCUGAGUUAAAGGGUGGAGUAUCAAUUGUUCGUGAACUGCAUGUCUACGGUUCAGUAGUACCGGUAUCGGCUCGAGAUCCAUCCAAAUUUCAGCAUCAGGGAUUUGGCCAAUUACUAAUGGAAGAAGCAGAACGAAUCGCCAGAAACGAACAUUACAGCAGAAAAUUAGCAAUUAUUUCUGGUGUAGGUACAAGGAAUUAUUAUCGGAAAAUGGGGUACGAACUGGAUGGUCCUUACAUGUUGAAAUCGUUAUAA